AUGGAAAUAGACUAAGUCAAUCAAAAAGUUGAAAAUGCAAUAUUAAAAACUGAGAGAUGGCCUUAAUAAGAUUUAGAAUAAUUUUAGAAUUCUUUCAUUUAAAUAGUAAAUUUAUCAUUUGCCUAUUAUAAAAUGUAUUUUCCUGUUAAUUCAGCUUUACAAAUAAGAGAUCAUUUGAAAUUUACUCAAUGUUUAAAGUAAAUAAAUUAUGGAGGAAUAACACUUGAAGAAGUCUUUAAAUAAUAAAGGGUAGAAGUGAAUCGCUAUAAUAGUUACGAUUAGUCACCUCUCUCUCUAUUCGACUUUCAGAAGAACCUCUGUAGCCAAAAAUAUUUAACUGCAAACUUGAUUUUGAUUAUAUCUCGCUUUUACAAUCAAAGUAUUUCAAUCAGAGAAACCCUGAAUAUUAAUAACCAUAUUAGAUUCUCAAUCUCAAACAUUUUGAAAUGAAAAUAAACACCAGACCAUUUAGAGAAAUAUCAAUUUCUUCAAUUCAUGAUGUCCCUUAAUUUCAAUUAAUUAAUCCCCAAUUAAUUCAACCAAUUAUAAAUUAUGACACAUUAUCAAAUACUUUUGAAUAUAGAUUUAAUAAAUUAAUGUAAAGAAAUCUAUCAAUUCAAUAAACAAUUAAAAAAUAUUAUUAAGAUGUAUAAUUAUUUGAAGAAAAUUAUGAUCCAAAAGAUAAAUUGAAAUAAUUGUUUAAUUUAUAAAUCUAAAAACUAAAAGAAUGUAAUUUAUAAGAAAAUUAAAUCAAAACAAUUAAAUAAUAAAAAAUAUAACCUAAUUUAACGUAAAUUAAUAUAGAAAAUGAUAAAAUUAGUAUGAUUAAUAGUUUAAAUUCAAAUGAUAGUGAGAGAAAUAAGUCUUUUUAAUAAACAAUGAAAAGACUCAACAAAAAUGAUUCUUUUUGUGAACAUGAAAAAUUAAGGGCAGCAGAUAGAUAAUAAAAAUUAAAAAAUAGAAUUAAAAAUUUAAACACUCUUAUUUACAAUUAAGUUAAUGAUAUUAAAAAAAAUUAAAUUAUACUUGAAUAAUAAGAUGAUUCAAAUAAUUUUAAACAUUCUAAAUAAAAAAUAACAAAAGAUUAAUAAAAUUUAAGAUCUUUGACUUAAUAUACAAUAGAAGAUAGUUUUAAAGCUGACAUUAAUUUACAUUAAAGUUAUCAUGCAUAAAAAAAUACUAUCCUCAAAUAAGUAGAUAAUAAAUUUAAGGAAGAUGACAAAUAAUCUUAACUAGUUGAUUAAUUAAGUAGUAGUAUAGAAUUAUAAGGAUAAAGAAAAAAUUAUAAAUUAAGAAGAUCAUAGUAUGCUCCAGAAAAUAGAAAAUUUGAUGAUGGAAGUUGUAGUAAUAAUACUGAACAUAUUAAACAAUCCAUUUAUUCAAUCAAAAAGCAAAACAACAAAUCUAUUGAACGUUUAACUCUAAAACCAAUAGAUUAUGUUUAAGUCUGUUCAGGAGAUAAGAAAUUGUAAUAAAAUGAAUAAUUCAUAUUCCCAAAAAAAUAAAAAAGGUAUUAAACAUAAGAGAAAGAGGAAUUGGCAUUAAAUGAGAUUUUAAAAUUGAAAAAAUAAAGUAAUUAAAGUGUGAGGAAUGCUUUAUUAUUAUUAACAUGUGCACGUUCAGAAUAGCUUUUAACUUCAUUGAUAGCUAGUGGAACAAUUAAACAUUAAUAAUAUCAGUCUUUCUUAUAACCAAUUAAGAUAUAUUCUAAAGCUAAAUAUCUGACUCCAAAGUGA